CUGCAUGUUUGUUUUAUAAUAGGUUGGGUGCAAUGUACUGUAUGUAGAGUAAGGUACUUCCACUGCCUGUAUAUUUAUAAAACUAAAUAUGUCGAAAAAUCGCCCUGAAAGUCGUGCUCCACCGGAUAUAUUUUACGAUCAAAAAGAGGCGCAGAAAUACACCAGCAAUUCACGGAUGAUUGAUAUUCAAACUGAGAUGUCUGAAAGAGCAAUUGAGCUUCUUAAUCUUCCUGAAGAUACACCUUGUAUGCUCCUGGAUGUUGGAUGCGGAUCUGGACUUAGCGGGGAAUGCUUAACAGAACAGGGACAUAUCUGGAUUGGGAUGGACAUUAGUUCAGCUAUGUUGGAUGUUGCAAGAGAAAGAGAGGUGGAGGGAGACGUGGUGCUAAGCGAUGCUGGGCAAGGUGUUUCUUUUCGGCCCGGUACAUUUGAUGGCGUGAUCAGUAUAUCUGCAUUGCAAUGGUUAUGCAAUGCUGAUAAGAAGUACCACAACCCAGUUAAGAGACUUUACAAAUUCUUUUCCACCUUAUAUGCUGCGAUGAAACAUGGGAGCAGAGCUGUAUUUCAGUUAUACCCUGAAAGCCCACAGCAGUUGGAGCUUAUUACGACCCAAGCAAUUCGCUCUGGGUUUGGCGGAGGUGUGGUGGUGGAUUUCCCCAACAGUACAAAGGCAAAGAAGAUUUUUCUCUGUUUAUUUUGUGGAGUUGCAUCGCCUACUCUUCCCAAGGCUCUUGGGACAGAAGAAGAGGCAAAAAAGAAAAGACAAAUUAAAUAUGUUAAAGAGAGAGAGCAACGUGGUUCAGAUAAACGAAACAAAAGUAUCAAAAAAUCAAGAGAUUGGAUUAUUGAGAAAAAGGAAAGAAGAAAACGUCAAGGGAAAGAAGUUUCAAUUAAUACGAAGUAUACUGGACGAAAACGAAAGCCAAGAUUUUGAUCUCGCGUUGUUUGGAAUAAAUAUAGGAGGCUAUUGUGCUUAAUAUGCUCUGUGUGAAAUAUAAAACAUAAACAGUGUAGUAUGGUAGGUAUAGGUAGGUAAUUGCAAUCCCUUUAAUGUGCAUGCCUCAGAUGCCUGGUAUAUGUAUAUUCACAAAUCACAAUAUUCACAAAUCACAAUAUUUACUAUGUCCAUUUAGUUCGAUAUAAUGGCGUUGUAGACAUGCAAUAAUUUAAGGGACCCGGUAAUUGUUAAACUGUAACCACACAUACACACUCAUGAAGUAUAGGUUUUUGCAACUAUUUAGAUCAUAAGAUAUAAAUUUUAACUUUGUUUGUGCGAAAGUGCUUGCCCAACUUUUGAAGCAUUGGUUCUGUUUAAAAAAGUGCUGAUAAAAUUUCCAACUUUACACAGUUUAUCCAAAUCCACUCCAGUUUGCAGCCCCAUUCCAUUCAUCAUGUAAAUUACAUCUUCAGUUGCCACA